AUGGCGCUUAAAUCUCAGGUUGGACAGAAGAUUAUGAAUGAAGUCAUCAAGCAGAAAAAGAAAACAAGUGGAGGGACGGAAUGGAGAAUUCUAGUGGUGGAUCAACUAGCCAUGAGGAUGGUGUCUGCAUGUUGCAAAAUGCAUGACAUCAGUGCCCAGGGAAUCACCUUGGUCGAAAAUAUCCACAAGAAAAGGGAACCACUUCCAACAAUGGAAGCAGUUUAUUUGAUAACACCCAGCAACUCCUCAGUGACGAAGUUAAUCGAUGACUUCAGCAAUCCGGGCAGACUACAAUAUAAACAUGCCCACGUCUAUUUCACAGAAGCGUGUCCUGAUGAAUUUAUCAAUGAAAUUGCAAAUGCAAAGAUAUCUAAGUACAUUAAAACUUUGGUAGAGAUCAACAUCGCUUUUGUACCUUAUGAAGAACAGGUUUUCUCCCUGGAUUCGCGAGAUACCUUCGCCUGUUUCUACAAUCCUUCGUUAAUCCAAGUUAGAACUGCUAACAUGGAACGAAUCGCAGAGCAAAUUGCAACUCUCUGCGCUACACUUGGAGAAUACCCUUCUGUUAGAUAUCGAAGUGAUUUUGAUCGCAACGUCGAGUUGGCGCAGAUGGUUCAACAGAAAUUGGAUGCUUAUAAAGCUGACGAGCCAACGAUGGGCGAAGGACCAGAAAAAGCUCGCUCUCAUCUCCUGAUUCUUGAUCGUGGUUUCGAUUGCGUAUCGCCUUUGUUACACGAACUCACCCUGCAAGCCAUGGCGUACGAUUUACUUGAAAUUGAGAACGACGUCUACAAGUAUGAAGCUACUGCUGGACAGGAAAAAGAAGUUCUCUUGGACGAAAAUGACGACUUGUGGGUAGAACUCAGACAUCAACAUAUUGCUGUAGUUUCACAGAAUGUCACCAAGAACUUGAAAAAGUUCACCGAGUCAAAGAGGAUGCCUCAAGGUGACAAACAAAGUAUGAGAGACCUUUCGCAAAUGAUCAAAAAAAUGCCACAGUAUCAAAAGGAGUUGAGCAAGUACGCCACACAUUUGCAUUUGGCGGAAGACUGUAUGAAACGAUAUCAAGGCAACGUUGAUAAACUCUGCAAAGUCGAACAAGAUUUAGCGAUGGGAACAGAUGCUGAGGGCGAGCGAAUUAAAGAUCACAUGAGGAACAUCACGCCGAUUUUACUCGAUCAGAACGUCAACAAUACCGACAAAUUGCGUAUUAUUAUGCUCUACGUUCUCAGCAAAAAUGGAAUUCCCGAUGAUAAUUUAAAUCGGCUUGUUCAUCAUGCGCAGUUAUCACCAGAGGACAAGCAAACGAUCAUCAACAUGGCAAAUCUUGGAUUGAACGUAGUGGUUGAUGGAAAUCGUAAGAAGCUGUACAAUGUGACACGAAAGGAGCGAAUCACGGAACAAACUUACCAGAUGAGUCGUUGGACGCCAAUUGUUAAAGACAUCAUGGAAGAUUCAAUCGAGGAUAAGCUUGACACGAAACAUUUCCCAUUCUUAGGAGGAAGGGCUACAAGUUCAGGCUACCAUGCACCAACGAGUGUGCGAUAUGGUCAUUGGCACAAGGACAAGGGCCAACAAACCAUCAAAAACGUUCCCAGAUUGAUUGUUUUUAUUGUCGGUGGCGUCAGCUUUUCGGAAAUUCGAUGCGCUUACGAGGUGACGAACGCUCUCAAAAAUUGGGAAGUCAUUGUCGGAUCUUCACACGUAAUAACGCCAAAGUCAUUCCUUGAAGAUUUGUCAAAGCUGCACUUGAACUGUUCGUAAAUUGACCUUCGCCUGGAAGGUACCAACAUUCCCACGUUUAUUGUAAAGCGUUAAGUUAUUGCUGUGCCACCAGCCACGACUCCAUCAGUAAUACCAGCUGCGAAGUUCCGUCGGCGAUCGUUGAUCGCGGAAAUUAGUAAAUUUAGGGAAUUUACUCUCUGUCAAUUGAAUUAGCUCGAGUCGCUUAACGAUCGGGAAUAGAGGGCGUUCGUGCCGCCCGAUAGCGACUGUUUCAGAUGGUAUUAGGGUUAACGGAGCAAUAGCUUUGAAUCCGCCAAGAUUCGGAGCAUCGAAGGGUCACCUGGUAUAAAGUGCCUGCACGAAGAGAAUUCGAAUUAUGCGGUUUUGCCGUUGGCAGUACUGAUGUAGAUUUGCGUUAAGAACACACAGUCAUUUAGAAUCAGAGGCAAUAGCUUGCGUAAUUGUAUUUAUUUCUCACCUAAAAUUACCGCAACCCUAAGUUGGACCAGGAUAAUUAUAUAUUUCGCCAGGAAAUUGUCACCUGCGAAGGAGAAUCGUGAUUCUUUAGGUUUGGAAGUCUGCAAAUUUGCUAUUCUUGUAUCAAGGAUCUGCAAUGUUCAGGGCUGCGACACAGCCACUUAAGGCACCUGGAAAUCAUCGGUAAAUCGUGCUAAAAGAAUAUAAAACUCCUGGUAAAAACCGUUUUUUUGGCAGUGGUCGAGUAUUCUACUAUUAAUCUAAAAAAGGAGUACAUAAACAAUUUUCUAAAUCGGUUUUUGCUUUCGUGACUUACUAUGCUAUUUACUGUAAUAAGAAGAUUUGCUCGGUUCUGUUUUUGGGUGAACCUAACAAUAAAACGGAUUUAAAAUAUAAUUAAAAAAGUUUUUCCGGUAUGGCCAGUAAACAAGCGUGGUAUGUCAUAAAGCAAACACCAUCGCCAUGAUGGAGUUAACUCGGUGCCGUAAAUUGGGCGCAUUUUUUUCUUUCGAUUAUUUCAUAAAAAAAUGAGUUUCUCCGAAAAAACGGCCUUUUCCCAGAGUUCUUCUACUCUUUGAAUUAUUUAUACGAAACACUAAAUAAACUAGAUUCUCCGUUUGGCCUCAGUUUAUGAAUUCCGAUUACCGAUAAUUUUCCGAAACCUUUCAUUUUUUUAAGAAAAAAUGACUAUAGUCCCUUUUUAAGGAAAAGGCCACUAUAGUAACAUUAAUCCAUCUCAUUUUAGAUUUGAUUUAAAAAAUAUAUUUAGUCGACGUGUGCAAUCUAUUACAAUCUUGGAUAUAAAAAUGCUGUUCAGAAUUUGGUUAAAAAAAUAAUUAUUUUAUUGAAAAUUCAAUUAUUUUGUUAUAAAAACAUCUUUCUUGUUAAAAAUUACCUGUUUGUUCGAAUUUUCGACUGCUACUAUUUCGAUGACUCGUAUUUGAUUGAAAAUUCAAAUUUUUUGUUAAAAAUAUAAAUUCUGUUGUUGAAAAUCCGUCUCUUUUGCUUAGAAGUACAACUAUUUGAUCAGCAAUCUAAUUACUUUCUUUGCAAUUUUUUUAAAUUGAUAAUUCGACUAUUUAGUCGAUAAUUCAUUUUUCUUGGUUGAAAAUUAACUUUUUUGUUAAACAUUUAUGUUGUCGGGAAAACUCAAUUUUUUUUAAACUUUCGACUUCUUGGCUUGGAACCUCAGCCUUUUUGUCACAAAUGCAUAGUUUGUGCAGGAAAUUAAAAAAAAAUCCAAAAAA